AAUUUCUCUCUAUCUCUCUCUAUGUAUAUAUAUACGAACAGCACGCCAAACAUGUUUUUCCUCUGAAAAUUGACAUCAUAAGAAGUGAUUUUCUGAGUUUUUGUUUGAUUUAGGGAGACAUGUGGAGGAGGACCGUGGCUCGAUCUGCCGUGGUGGCGGAAAAUUUACGGAGGUUUUCUAUCUCGGCAUCGCCGUCUUUGAUUCCUGGUCCGUGUAUUGUUCAUAAACGUGGAGCUGAUAUUCUUCAUGAUCCUUGGUUUAACAAGGAUACUGGGUUUCCUUUGACUGAAAGAGACCGACUUGGGAUUCGUGGUCUCCUCCCACCUCGUGUUAUAUCGUUUGAACAGCAAUAUGAACGCUUUAUGGAGUCAUAUCGAUCGUUGGAAAAGAAUACGGCAGGUCAACCAGAUAGUGUCGUAUCUUUGGCAAAAUGGAGAAUCUUGAAUAGGUUACAUGACAGGAAUGAGACAUUAUACUACAGAGUACUGAUUGAUAACAUUAAAGAUUUUGCUCCAAUAAUAUACACUCCUACGGUAGGUCUGGUAUGCCAAAACUAUUCAGGAUUGUUUAGACGCCCACGUGGAAUGUACUUCAGUGCGAAAGAUAAAGGAGAGAUGAUGUCGAUGAUUUAUAACUGGCCAGCUCCCGAGGUGGACAUGAUAGUGCUUACAGAUGGCAGUCGCAUUCUCGGCUUAGGUGAUCUUGGAGUUCAGGGAAUUGGCAUUCCUAUUGGGAAACUCGAUAUGUAUGUUGCUGCUGCUGGUAUCAAUCCACAAAGGGUCCUCCCUAUUAUGCUUGAUGUUGGAACCAACAAUCAAAAGCUACUAGAAGAUCGUCUUUAUUUAGGACUACGAGAAAGAAGGUUGGAAGGAGAAGAAUAUAUAUCAGUAGUGGAUGAACUGAUGGAAGCUCUUCAUGCACGUUGGCCAAAAGCUAUUGUCCAGUUUGAAGAUUUUCAAUUCAAGUGGGCAUUUGAAACUCUUCAAAGAUACCGAACGAAGUUCUGCAUGUUCAACGAUGACAUACAGGGAACUGCUGGUGUUGCAUUAGCUGGACUGCUUGGAACUGUUAGAGCACAAGGUCAGCCAUUGUCGGACUUCGUAAACCAAAAGAUUGUUGUUGUUGGAGCUGGAAGUGCAGGGCUUGGUGUUCUUAACAUGGCCUUUCAGGCUGUUUCAAGAAUGACAGGAAAGACGGCAAACCCUCAGUUUUACUUAAUUGAUAAAGAUGGUUUGAUGACAAAAGAGAGAGCUGGCGUUGACCCAUCAGCUGCACCAUUUGCUAAAGCCAUUGGAGAGGUUGAUAGUCUAGGACUACGGGAGGGAUCUGAUCUCCUUGAAGUGGUAAAAAAGGUCAAGCCGCAUGUCCUUCUUGGUUUAUCAGGAGUUGGAGGUAUUUUCAAUGAGCAGGUGCUUAAGGCCAUGCGAGACUCCGACUCCCCUAAACCUGCAAUUUUUGCCAUGUCAAAUCCCACAACGAAUGCUGAAUGCACUGCUGCUGAUGCUUUCAAACACGCUGGUGAAAACAUAGUUUUUGGAAGUGGGAGCCCUUUUCAGAAUGUUGAUCUUGGAAAUGGUAAAGUCGGCCAUGUAAAUCAAGCAAAUAACAUGUACCUCUUCCCCGGGAUCGGUUUGGGAGCUUUGCUCUCUGGUGCUCAUAUUAUAUCCGAUGGAAUGUUGCAAGCAGCUGCUGAAUGUCUUGCCUCAUAUAUGACAGAAGCAGACAUCCAGAAGGGUAUAUUGUAUCCAUCUAUCAACAGUAUUCGGAAUAUCACUGCUGAAGUAGGAGCUGCUGUGCUUCGGACAGCUGUCGUUGAAGAACUAGCGGAAGGCCGAGGUGAAGUGGGGCCCAAAGAGCUAGGACACAUGUCAAAAGAAGAAACUGUGGAAUAUGUAACACACAACAUGUGGUAUCCUAUUUACGGUCCCCUUAUUCACGAGAAAUAAAGCAGCCCGAAUGAGGUUGCGCAGAUGCUACCGUAAGUUCUGCAGUUUAUUAUUUAAUUAGUUCUAAUUAUAAUUGAAUGCAGUAAUGAGGGUCCGAUUAGCGACUAGAAUACUAGUAACCGAUAUCAAUUUUGGUUAUUGAUGGGCCUUUGUGGCUGUUCACGUAGGACGUCUCCUUGUUAUAUUCAUUAUGAAUAUUGUUUCGGUUUUUGAAUUAGUGAAAGAGUAAUGCAAUUUUCCCAAUGAAUGUUACAAACUUACAAA